GUCAUGUGAUUGAACAUUGUAAUUUAACUAGCCUAUUGAAGAAAUUGGUGCCCUAGACGCUCACAGUUCGAACUCGGGUCGGGUUCCGGGUCCGAAUCACACACCUUCACCUUCUUCAUCGGCUGGACCCUCUGCAACUCCAAUCGGAGCCAAGAAAAUAAUGGCGGCCAAAUCACUGAUCCGAAACGGAGCUUCGCUGGCGAACCGGCUUCUGAUGAACCCUCUCCUUCGUCGGAACCCUAGUCCGGCUCAACGCGCUGUUUCUCCGAGCCUCGAGAUCGCGCCGAAGCUGUUCCCUUCCGUCUCCAAAUUCGAUGCCUCUCUCCAUUUGUACCGGAGCGACGCCGAUUUCCUUGAUCGAGCCUCUUCUCACCGUUUCCUUAAUCCUUUCGGCAUGCCGUCUCUUAGCUUCUUCUUACCUGACAGUGAUGGGAACUCAUCGAGUGAUCCGAUGCUCUUAUCCACAAAGCGGACGUACCAGCCCAGUACCAUUAGGCGUAAGAGGACACAUGGAUUCUUUGCUCGGAAGUCAACCAAGGGUGGUCGGAGAGUCAUUGCUCGAAGAAUAGCAAAGGGCAGGUCAAGAAUUACAGCUUAGUGUCUCCAAUGUGGCCUGGUUGUAAUCAAUAUGAUCAGACACAUGUACCUUUCAUGACAAUGAGCCAAUUUUUAGUUAGAAGAGUCUGCUCAAGGUUAGCUAGAUCAGCCUGCUACUAAGGUCCUAUGUGGAAUGUGAACUCAUUUCUUACAUGACAGCAACUUUUUGUGUUUUAUGUCUUCUUUCUUGUCUGUCAUGCUUAGAAUAAUCCUUUAAGAAUUUCUCGUUGUUUC